AUGAAAUUUGACGACAUAACAAUCCUUCUCGGCGAAUUCGGAAGAUACCAAAAGAUCCUAUAUUGCAUAAUAUGCUUUCCAGUAAUAUUCAAUGCAUUCAAUGUGAUGAUCGUGGUGUUUACGUUGGCACUGCCAGACUUCAGAUGUCAGAUCCCAGGUCUUGGAAAUGAUACCUUUGAACUCCAGGGAAAAUGGCACGCUUACCAAAUUAAUCAAACAAUACCAAUGUCGGAAGAAGUUAAUUCAAACUCGUAUGACACGUGCCACGUUUACUCACCUGGAGAAAACAACACCAAGAUUGAAUGCAACUCCUGGGUCUAUGACCAGUCCACGUUCCAGGACACCUUUAUUACAAAGUUUAACCUGGUGUGCGGUUUAGAACUUGCUAGAGCGAAUGCGAACAUGCUGGUUAUGGCAGGAAUGCUGGCUGGGUCUGCGCUUGUUGGAAUAUUCGCCGACAUCCGUCUUGUACGUCGACGAACCAGCCAACGACUGUAUGAGAAUUCAGCCAACGACCUUGCCGAGGACCCAGGCGACGACCGUACCGAAGACCCAGCCGACGACCGUGCCGAGGACCCAGUCGAAGACCGUGCCGAGGACCGAGAGGACGACCGUGCCGAGGACCCAAACGGCGACCGUGCUAAGGACCCAGACGACGUCCGUGCCGAGGACCCAGACGACGACCGCGCUAAGGACCCAGACGACGUCCGUGCCGAGGACCUAGACGGUGACUGUGCCAAGGACCUAGACGACGUCCGUGCCGAGGACCUAGACGGUGACUGUGCCAAGGACCCAGACGACGACCGUGCCGAUGACCCAGACGACGACCGUGUAAAGGACCCAGACGGUGACCGUGCCAAGGACCCAGACGACGACCGUGCCGAUGACCCAGACGACGACCGUGUAAAGGACCCAGACGGUGACCGUGUCAAGGACCCAGAUGACGACCGUGCCGAGGACCCAGACGGCGACCGUGUCAAGGCCCAGACGGUGACCUUGUCAAGGACCCAGACGACGACCGUGCCGAUGACCCAGACGACGAGCAUGUCGAGGACACAGCCGACGACCGCGUCGAGGACUCAGACGCCCGCCUCAUUGACGACUGCGACGACGGCUGUCUCGGGGACUCAACCAACGACAAAGCCGAAAGCUCAGCCGACCACUAUGACCCUGGCCGCGUCGAUGAACCAGCCUGCUGUUGCGACGACGGCUGUCUCGGGGGCCCAACGGACGACAGCACCGAGAGCUCAGCCGACCACUAUGACCUUGGCCGCGUCAGUGAACCAGCCUGCUGUUGCGACGACGAAUGUACCGAGGGCCCAACAGACGACAGCACCGAGAGCUCAGCCGACGCCGACACCCACGCCGACGGGUUUGCUGAUAAACGCCGCCGAUAACAGACUAGGACAUCGGAGAAAAGAUUGCCAUCAAUCCCUGUUAGUUGCUGCGAUGUUUGGGACGGCAUUUGCUCCAAACUACCAAGUGUUGGCUGCAUCAAGAUUUCUGGCAGGGUUUGGACAGAACACAUUUCUGCCUGUGUUUUCAAUGGCGAUGGAACUGGUCGGUCCUUCAUACCGCGUGGCGGCUGGUAUAAUCGUCGAGCUGUUUUGGUGUGUCGGCCUAUUCAUUCUCUGUCUUUUGGCGUACUUUGUCCGCUCCGCGACCAACCUUACACUUGUUGCGGGGGUUCCUAUGAUCCUGGUAUUCCUUUAUAUAUGGCUUAUUCCAGAAUCUCCUAGAUGGCUGAUCUCCAAAGGAAAGAACAAAGAAGCUUAUAAAAUCAUACAGAAAAUUGCGAAGAAGAACCAGGUCACUCUCCCUGAGAACGCCAUCGACGAACAUAGUGUGGAGUCAGGCGAAUCAAUGUCUGUUUUCAAAAUGUUCACAAUUCCAAAACUUCUUAUUCGGACCUUGAUAAUCUACUUAAAUUGGGCCGUGGUUAACAUGGUUUAUUACGGUCUUGGCUUGAACGUUGGAAAUCUGGGUGGAAAUAUCUACGUCAACUUUGCCAUCAACAGCGCCGUGGAGACGGCGGCGUACCUACUAUGUCUCGUUUCCUUGCACAGAGUGGGUCGGAAGACAUUGCAUUCUGGAAGCAUGAUUGUCGGCGGCGUCGCAUGCCUUUUGACAAUUUUCUCCACACUUUAUGGCGGAACAUCCUUGCAUUGGCUGACAAUAGCCCUUUCAAACAUCGGGAAGUUUGGAAUAUCUGCAGGAUUUGCAAUCGUGUAUAUCUGGACAGCUGAACUGUUUCCCACGCUGGUCAGAAACUCGGGGAUCGGUUCUAGUUGUAUGGUCGGACGUUUUGGAAGCGUCAUUUGUCCCUACAUAACAGACCUUGGUCGUUUUGUGCCGGGAAAAUUUGGGCAAGCUCUACCACUGAUUGUGUUUGGCGGUCUCUCCGUAGUUGCCGGUUUACUGUCCCUUUAUUUGCCGGAAACCAACGGAGUUCCUCUGCCGGAAACCAUACAGGAUGCAGUCAACUUCGGCACCAAGAAGGAGAAAAACAAUGAUGCCAAAGAGAAGGCCUCUUUAGUAUAACCAACAUGUUUGUGAAUGCGCUAAUAUUCAAGAGACAACACUUCCUCAAAUACUACGUGUUAUUCGAG